UACCUUUCAAGUAUUGAAAUGUACCGGUAUUGUCAGUUUGUGAGCGAGGCGAGGGUGUGGGCGUUCAGCUGGCCACUGCUCUUUUCAUAUCACACACUAUAGUUAGAUAAAAACUUGUGACAGCACACUGGUGGUUUUAAAAAGAGUAGUUAACAACUUCUCAGCUUGUAUAGAUUGCUACACAGAGAAACAAAUACUAACUAAUCCAAUAAUUGUAGAUGUUGAAAUAGACUGAUUGUUUUUCAGCAGGAACACAAAAGUGCUACUUUGCAGCUUAUUUGAUUAAAGCAUUAUUACCUGCAUAAUACGUUACCUUAUAAGUUAUAAGAGUGUAAUUUGCAACAUAAAGAGGUCUAGUAUCAGUGCAGGGAUUUCUAAAUGCUAAGGUCCACCCACUGGUGAGGGGUUAUUUGUGCAAGUAAAUGAAACUCUUGUGUACUGGCAUUUUUUGGCAUUACGAUUGUGACCGUUAAAGGUGACAUUAAAGGUGCAUCAGAGCCUUAAAAGCGUUAACAUGAAUACCUGGACGUGCUGUUGGAUUUUAUGUUUUUGCAUUUCAGCUUUACAAACUAAUUGCUCAUUCCUCGUGUCUCAGUCACCGGAGCUCACACACGUCUCAGUUGGUGACACUGUACAAUUGAAAUGUAUAUUUGAGCAGAAAGUUUCAUACUGCUAUUCUACUGUAGUAUGGCAAAAGCUGAACCUACGGACUGGUAAACUCACACCGGUGAUGUCUGGCUCACAUCAACAUGAUGAGAAAACUUGCGUUCUUACUUUAACAAAUGUAAUGACUAAAGAUUCAGGGUUGUACUACUGCAUUAGCCAUCAUAACUCAAUGGCUAUUGUCGGCAGUGGAAGCAGGGUGAUCGUAACAGAUCACUCUGUUGUGGAACCAGAACUGUCCAUCUUAUACUCAGUAUCAGACACUGGCUCAUCAUCGGUAGCACUGCAGUGUCUGGUGACCGGGGUUGACCCGUCUCAAGUGCAGGUGUUCUGGAGGAUUGGAGAGAAAACGCAUGUCGGAUCAUGGACCGAAUUCGGCUGGACAAACUCCACUGAUUCACACACAGAAUUCAAGCGCGCUCAUCUCUCUAUCUCUGCGGAUGAGUGGACAGAAGCCGAUGAAAUCCAAUGCUUUGCUGAAUAUAAUGGCAUAAACACGUCCAAAACUCUGAAGCGAUACGUGAUGGUUAACCUUUCAGAAUGGAAUCAAAGGACUUUCUGGCCUCUUUACUGUUGCUUUGGGGCAGCAGUCCUCAUGGUUGUGGUCUUCUCUAUUUGUUUAUGCCAAGGUAAACAGAGUGCUGUGACUGCAGAAAUGUCAUCUGUAACGUUUUAUCCUGUGGAUCCCAUUAAUUUAGGAGAGAAUUUAAGUCCAACAAGAAAAAAAUAAAAGGUAAAAAUAAAAUGGCAUCAAUGGAGAUCAGUGUUAUUGGAAGAAAUGUUGAAGUAUGCCACACAAUCAUUGACAUUAAAGUUAAUUCUGUUUAAAUUUACAUCAUUCCAAAGUUGUUGUUAAACCAAAAUGAUAAGAAUAAUAUGUAUUAUUGUUUGAUUAUGUCUCCUCUUGGUUCCAAAUAAAGAUCCUUUUACUUUUUAAAACUGGAAUUACAGCAGAAAAAUGCCU